GGGGCUAGUGAUCUGUACAUAGGACAGGGGCACUUGUCAGUCCCAAGGACCCCAGCCCACCCCAGACAUCCUGAUAUUUGUGAUCUUGGGUGUGAAGAGCCCAACCUGAUGCAAGCAGCCUGGCUCUUCGGGGCCUUGGUGGUCCCCCAGCUCUUGGGCUUUGGCCAUGGGGCUCGGGGAGCCCAGAGAGAGUGGGAGGGAGGUUGGGGAGGUGCCCUGGAGGAGGAGCGGGAGCGAGAGGCCCUGAUGCUGAAGCAUUUGCAGGAAGCUCUGGGGCUGCCCGCUGGGAGGGGGGAUGACAAUCUUGCUGGUAUUCCUGAAGAUGAAGGAGUCUGGGGGACCGAGGAGGAUCAGGGGGAAGAAGAGGAAGCAACACCUACCAUCUCCUCUGGCCCCAGCCCCAGCCCCAGCCCCUCUCCUACCCCUGAGGACACCAUCACUUAUAUCUUGGGCCGCCUGGCCGGCCUGGACGCAGGCUUGCACCAGUUGCACGUCCGUCUGCACACGUUGGACACCCGCGUGGUGGAGCUGACCCAGGGGCUGCGGCAGCUGCGGGAAGCGACAGGCAACACCCGCGACACCGUGCAAGCCCUGCAGGAGGCGCAGAGCCGAGCUGAGCGCGAGCACGGCCGCUUGGAGGGCUGCUUGAAAGGUCUGCGCCUUGGCCACAAAUGCUUCAUGCUCUCGCGAGAUUUCGAGACUCAAGCCGCGGCGCAGGCGCGGUGCGUGACUCGGGGCGGGAAUUUAGCGCAGCCUGCGGAUCGCCAGCAGAUGGAAGCGCUCACGCGCUACUUGCGCGCGGCGCUCGCUCCCUACAACUGGCCGGUGUGGCUGGGCGUGCACGACAGGCGCGCCGAAGGUCUCUACCUCUUCGAGAACGGCCAGCGCGUGUCCUUCUUUGCCUGGCACCGCGCGCCCAGCCCGGAACCGGGUGCCCACCCCAGCGCCCGGCCGCACCCGCUCAGCCCCGACCAGCCCAAUGGCGGUGCGCUGGAGAACUGCGUGGCGCAGGCCUCGGACGACGGCUCCUGGUGGGACCACGACUGCGAGCGGCGUCUCUACUACGUCUGCGAGUUCCCCUUCUAGCAGGCGGGUCCCCGCCUCUCCAUCCCACAUCCGGCCCUUUCCUGUCCGGAUCACCCUCUCCCUGGAUCCGCAAGGGGAGGUGUCCCCAACCCCCGGCUGCCUGGCGGGGCGCCCCUGGGAGGGCUCUUGCGGGGCCAGGAUCCCUUCCGUGCCGAUGCCUUUCCUUGAAGCUGCGAGCACCAGGCUAGGUCUGGCACCAAUAAAUCCUUGUUGGAAUCCGACUUGAGAGGCAGCGGAAGCCCUUUCAGCCCUUAUCUCGCCUCCGGGAAAGCCAGGAAGGGCCAGACCCUGUAUUUGGGUCCUGGCCUGCAGGGUUUUUACAGUUAGCCUUUAAGGCUCAGAAUGAGAGCGAUGGAGAACACGUGUGCAUUUGCAUGCACGGUCAUGCGCGCCUGUGCACUUGCAAAUCCCUCCACCCACAUCGGCCUGCUGUGGGGCCUUGGGGACCCAAGCCCUGUCAAUGAUUGUCCCAGGCCUUGACUUUGGUCCUGGUCAGAGAGAUCCCAGGAACACAAAGUUGCUAAAGUCUUGGGCAUUUAAUUUUGUUUAGUGUUAAUUAGUGGGUCUCAAACUUUUUUUCCCAGAUGGGUGCACGCAAGGCACAUGCUACCUUUCAUCCUCUCCGUCUUUCAUACCUGUAGUCUCUGGGGACAGUGAAGAUUCCCCAGGGGUUGGCAACCCUGGGCCUCAUCAUUUUGACAACAUUAUUUGGGGGAGGAGCUCUUGGAGUCACCCCAGUGCCACCACCAAAGUUGACAUCCUGGACCUGAUCCUGAUAGAAACACGGAGUCCAGGAAUGGAGAUGUAACUGUCCUCACAUCUAUGCUCCUGCCCCUACUUAAGCCACACCACCACCUAAAGUGUCACCCUCCGGUCCACCUUUGAAGGAAGGAGCCGCCUGUCAUUUCCAGAAGAGAGCACUUCUCCUUGUCUCCUCUGGAGUCAUUUCUCAGCACCACAGCUCCCUAAAAAAGUACAAAAUGGGAGGGGUCACCUGGGGACAGAACAGCUGCAAGCAAGGACUAUGACACUGUGCAAUAUUCUUCCCAUUCUGAACCUCAGUCUCCCUGGGUGAGGAGGCAGCAAGAUGCUUACAGUCAGCCUGACGUGGGUCAGGAUAUUUCCAGCAGGCUCUCCACCCUCCCAGGCUUUCCACUGCAGAAGGUACGAUGGUGAGGAUGCAUGUGGUUACCUUCCUGGAUUCUGGAGCCAGAUGGCCCAGAAUCUGACUCACCUUAGCCACUUACUUACUG